CUUACGUUUACAAGUCUAUGGUUUGUUUAGAUUUAUUUCGAUUUGGUUUUUGAGUGCAAUAAAAAAGGUUAUAAAUUCAGAGUCAAAGUCAAUUUCAAUUGUUUUCUUUUAACGUAAUAAUGGUUCGAUAUUUGAAAAUCGUGAGUGUAUUUAUCGUGCUAAGUUUUGUAGCCGAUGUAUAUUGUAUAAAAUGUUGGAACUGCCGAUCGAACAAUGACCCGAAAUGUGCUGACCCUUUUGAUAACUCCACUGUUCCAAUAACUGAUUGUAACCAAGAGAAGGGAUUGCCUCAUUUACCGGGAAUAAGACCGACUAUGUGCCGCAAGAUAAGGCAAAAAGUUAAUGGCGAAUGGCGUUACUUCAGAGACUGCGCAUAUCUGGGUGAAGUUGGAAUCCAAGGCGAUGAGAGAUUCUGCCUGAUGAGGACCGGGACGUACAAUAUCUUCCUUGAAUACUGCACUUGUAACAGUAAGGAUGGUUGCAACUCCUCCGGAAUUUUCAAAUCAAUGCCUUUGUUGGUGUUCUUAUCAGUUAUAAGUGUUUACUUUAAGAUUUUUAACUAGACUUACCAAUUAUACUGAAAACCUGAUUACAUAGACUACUUGCUAAUUUUUUAAAAUCAGGGGGCUAAUAUAGAAGUUGUGAUGUUCACAUUGUGAUUGUUCACAACCAAAACAUUGGAGCUUUGUUUUCUGUUACUGCUUCAUGCUUGCCAUGUAACUACACUGUAGGCACAGUAGUUAAUCAAUUUAUUUCAUGUGUAAAACAAGGAGUCCAAUCUGUAGUUGCAACAUGGCGGUUUGCACAUAUUGUAGACUAAAGAUUAAAUACACAGACCAGCCGAGACUUGUUUUUGUAUAAAGUGCAGUUAUUCACCUCAUGUUCAGAUUAGAACACUUGUUUUGUGCACUCUGUAUCUGUGUGCUUAGUAUGAACUUACCAACAUGAUAGAACCUAGUUUACAAAACCAAUUUUGUCCAUACAUCUACAGCCAGCGUUCGAAGCAGAAACUUUUUGAAAUUAAAAUGGUGGCAGAUAACUGACUUUAAAUCAAGGAAAUGUAUGUAGAUCCAUUUUAUACUUUUGGUAUUGUAUCUUGAUGCUCGAAUUUUAUCAACAUUGUUGAGAUGUUAAGUCUCAUAGUAUAGAUUAACUAGUCUGUGCAUGUGAAACAAAAUAAUGUGCGACGACAUGGGUGUCUAUGAUAGUGUGUGAUUGAAUCAAGCUUUUGUUUCCUGUGCAGUAUGAGAAAAUAUUACCCACCUUUUUUUCUUCUCUCUGGGCUGGUUUCCGCACUUAAACGUUUCUGUCUAUUGUGUGUAAAAAAAAAAUCAGUACCCAUGUGCAAACACAAUAUUCUUUCCAAUGGUUUUUAGCAUUCUUGUUAUGUGAUAGCAACUGUAAGUGAUUUGUACAAUCAGGUUUUUGUUGUAUACAUUUUUAUAAAAGUAGAUGCACAAAUUUUAAAUUUUUUAAGGUAAGUAUACUUAUUGGGUAUGUAAAAGCAAUGGUAAACCAUUGUUGAUAUUAAAAAUGGUAAUGGUAAUUUUAAUUAUUGUGCCUUAUCUUAUAGUUUUAUGAAAUCAUGACUAUUUUUUUUAUUAAGAAUAGUUUUGGGAAAACUGUUUACUAAUAAAUGUUAUUUUUAAGAUUGUAAAAUAGAUCUGAUAAAAAGGUAGCUAUAUCAAUAUGGAAUCAAAUUACCUAUUACUAAUGACUAGCUUUUAACAGUGACUAAUCCAGUUUUUUAAAAAUGCCAUAGUUGUUAAGAAUUUUAUUUCUAAGAAUCCUUUCUUUUCGUGAGAUAAAAGUAUGCAAUCCAAGACCUAAGCUGUCUCCGUGGAGUAUUUAAUGCAUUUACCAUAAUAUUUAGUAUCGUUUAAUUAUUAUUUUACAUACUACCUACCUCACUAACAUGAAUCUCAAAAUCCUCAGCAAAUGACAGUUUUGGAUCUGUUGGAUGGAUCUUUAUUAAGUUAGUUUUUGCUUCGUAUCAUACCAGUAUAAAGUGUUGGUACUUAAUACAAAGUAGAUUUAAGCUCCUGAAAAUUCUUUUCACACAGCCAUAUAUCUAUAGAAGACUGAAAAAUUCCGACCAUUAUACAUUCCGAUUUUUUGUACUUAUUUUUAAGAAAAAAUAAAGCAUGAUUUGCAAAAAUA